UUUUUUUGACCAAUUGUAGGGAACAGUUAAACUUGUUGUCUGUCUAGGGAGAAGCUUUCUGUGGGCCGCCACAACCACAAACCAAGUCUGCAACCGGUCACGGCUCUCUAGGCACUCGAGACGAGCAAGAUAAAGAUAGACAGAGGGAACCAAAAGACUUUGAGAGGGGGAGGGAGGGCGAUGAGAUGAACUGUUGAUGUCACCAUGUGAAUCAGCCAAAUCGCCCGAAAAAAAAAAACCACAGCGACGUAUUUGUGCUUCUUCUAUUUUACACAAGGGUAAGCAUCAGUCAACCACAGGCUGACCGCCGAUCUCAAUCUCUCUGAAACAUGCACAGAACUCCAGGACAGAACCGGCCGAACAACACCACUGGACCAGCACAGGGCGAACAAGUGUUCCAGGGUGUGGGGCAAACCCGGGAACCCUUCAAAAUUUGCGAGCAGAUCAAGUUAGAGGCGUUGGAUUCGGGCGAGGAGGACGACUCUAUUCUGGGGAAGCAGCAACCGCUUGCGAUGGCCUCCAACAGCAUCUUUGAAAGCUUCUCGUCCUACCAGUCUUGUUUACAAAGGGAACCUGCGCCUGGGCGACGCUUUACGCCUCCCUCGACCACCCUGAGCUCGGGGAAGAUGAAUGAGGGGUUGCCCCUGGGGGCUCAGGAGAGCAGCGGCGCCGCCCUGGUGGGAAAACUGCGUAUGGCUGACCGGAGCUUGGUAGAGGUGCUGUCGGACCACCCAGGAGAGCUGGUGCGCACCGACAGCCCCAACUUCCUCUGCUCCGUCCUGCCCACACACUGGCGCUGUAACAAGACCCUGCCCAUCGCCUUCAAGGUGGUUGCCCUCGGAGAUAUCCCUGAUGGCACAGUAGUCACGGUGAUGGCCGGAAACGAUGAGAAUUACUCUGCAGAGCUUCGUAACGCCACGGCUACCAUCAAGAACCAAGUUGCCCGGUUCAACGACCUGAGAUUUGUGGGCCGCAGUGGAAGAGGAAAGAGCUUCACUUUGACCAUCACCGUCUUCACAAACCCUCCUCAGGUGGCCACAUAUCAGAGAGCCAUUAAGAUAACAGUGGACGGACCCCGAGAGCCACGCCGGCACCGUCAGAAGCCGGAUGAAGCUGUAAAGCCCGGUGCAUUAGCUUUCUCUGAGCAGUUGAGGCGAAGUGCCAUGCGGUGCAGUCCACACCACGGCCCCACCCACAACCCCCGCCCCGCCCUCAACACACCCCCCUUCAGCAGCCCCGCCCACAGCCAGAUUUCUGAUUCUAGACAGAUGCAAACAUCUCCGUCCUGGUCUUACGAGCAGCCAUACCCGUACCUGGGCCCCAUCUCCACCCCAACCGUUCACCCAACAACACCCAUAUCACCCAGCCGCAAUGCUAUACACUGUCCUGAUCUGACCGCAUUCACCGACCCACGUGUUGGCCUGGAGCGCUCGUUUCCAUCCCUACCAUCUCUACCUGACGGACGAUUCUCUGACCCACGUGUGCCCUACCCCACCAGCGCAUUUACCUACACCCCCACCCCUGUCACCAACGCUAUCGGCAUCGGUAUGUCUGCUAUGACGGCCCCUGCUGGCCGUUAUCACACAUACUUACCGCCCACUUACUCCUCGGGGUCAUCCCCGGGUCAGGGUGGACCUUUUCAGGCGAGCUCUUCACCUUAUCACCUGUACUACAGCAGCGCUGCCGGGUCGUACCAAUUCUCCAUGAUGCCAGGGGGAGGUGGCGGUGAGCGCUCGCCACCACGUAUCUUACCACCAUGCACCAACGCCUCCACAGGCUCCGCCCUCCUGCACCCCUCUCUGCCCAAUCAAAGCGAUGUUGUCGUGGAGACCGAAGGAAGCCAUAGUAGUUCGCCAACUAGUAUGUCGGUUGAAGCCGUAUGGAGGCCAUAUUGAAAACUCAGACGCUUUUAUAGGUUGACGGACAGUCGGGUUGACCAAUAGAACAUGAACAGAUUAACAAGGUGGAUUCUGAUUGGAGAAAUGGACUCAAACUGGACGGACUUUUGUUUUUCAUUGCACAGCAUGAAAAUCGUUUGUUUUUCUAAAUAAAAGUUGUGGAUAGUUUGUAUUAUUAUUAAUAUUGUUAUUGUUAUUAUUAUUAUUACUGUUGUUGGUCUCGUCAUCAUUGUACAACAUUGUUCACCAGUGUCAGCCAUGUUUUUAGCACUGAUUUCUCUUCAAUCUGCCUCUGUGUCAAAUAAAACGUCAACAUGCAACGUCUGAGGCCGGAAACAUACUCCACGUACACAAGCGCACAUGCGAAUGAGUGCGCGGUUCAAUUGUACAUACAGUACAUAAUGUACAUUGUAGCGUUACUGUAGCGGUAACAAACCUCAGUACUAAAGAUGGACUGAUAAUCUGUUUGAUUUUUUUCUUCCAAAAUGCAGAAAUAAAGCAAUAUUUGAAAAUCAAUUGUUCAUGUUGUUUAUCGGACACUUAUCCAUAAAAAUCGUUAUCGGUUGAAACAAACAAUAUCGGUUCAUCUCUACUCAGUACUAAAAGGGGCAUUAGAGAUAACUUAUUAAUUAACAAUUAAACAAGAUGUGUUAUAAGUGUUGCGUACAGAUUAUCUUGAACAGUUUGUGCUAAUGCCUAUACAUAACGCACGUUAUGCUGCAUUGUUGCCGUGGUAACAAACGUCAUUACUAGAUAUGGGCCGAUAAUCGGUUAGAUUUUUUUCAGAAAUACUAAAUAAAACAACAACUUAAAAAUUAUUCUGUGAUGCUUAAUGGACUAAUAAAAACAUACAAUUAUCGUUAGCGGUUGUAACAAACAAUAUCGGUUCAUCUCUACUCAGUAUUCAAGGGGCGAUUGGAAUUACCCUACAUAGGCGCCAUUAAAUCAGAUGUUUUAUUAUUUAGGUAAUUAGCUAUAAACAUGACGAGUGACAAGUUAACGAAAUAACUGACUUUCUCUUCUAACUGUCGGUCCACCAUCACAAUAGCUACUCUGAAACAGAAAACUGACCGAUGAAGUGGACCGUGUGCGCUAAUGCCCAAACGUAACGCACUAUUUUGCGUUGCUGUAGCGGUAACAAAUGCCAUUACAAGAUAUGGGCCGAUAAUCAGUUUGAUAUUUUUCAAAAAAGAGGAAAUAAAGCUACAAUUAAAAUUUGUAUAAUAUUCUGUUAUGCUUAAUGGACUAAUAAAAACAUUAAAAUUAUCGUUAUCGGUUGUAACAAACAAUAUCGGUUCAUCUCUGCUCUGUACUCAAGGGGGCGAUAGAGAUAACUUAUUAAGCAACAAUCAAACCAGAUGUGUAAUAACGUUGGUGUUAAGAUUCUCUUGAAACUGUUCCGCCAUGACAGUAUUUGACCUGAAAGAGAAAACUGACCAUAGAAGACUGUUUAUGUUAUAGCGCCCCUUGUGGCAACACUGAAAAUGCAAAACGUAUUUGUAUUUGACACAUUUCCAAACGCAACAACACGUGAACCGAUGGCGUAAAGCAUCUGCGUUAGAGUAUGUUUCAGGUCUUAAGCUUUUGAGUUCUCAGUUUAGAGCCAAUGAAUGUGGUGCCAGAAAUCAACACUUCAUUUGCAAAAGUCGAUGUUUGAACACUUCAAAGACCCCGACUCAGAGUCACAUACUGUAGCCAAGGCUGAGCACUUGCCAAUGGCGAUAUGCUCUUAAGAGUUUAAACAGACGUUUGACUCUGUACAUUUCCAGGUUUACGAGACUUUUACCCGGCCACUGCCUUUCACGGUCUUUCACUUUGCAAGAUUUACAGCGCAACAUGGCGUCUGCUAAUCCAACUUUUGCGAUUGAUGCUCUCAUAUACAGUCAUGGUUUGAAGGUUGGAUGGAUAUAAGAUGGAAGAAUCAUGUACAUCCUUCUUUGUGUAAAUAGAUUGUAAAUUGCUUCAGUGGCGGUUUGAUGAUGACAUCAUUGAUUGCCUAACACACGGCACUGUUCUCAACAUCUACAGUUGUGAAAUGGGCAAAACGAUGUCGAGAUGCAGGUUAAAAUGUUUUCUGUCCUGUUUCAAUUCUUUGGAGAAUAUAACACAUUGUUGUGAAGAAACAACUACUUUCUAUGCCAUUAUUUUUUGUAAUAAGAGGAGUUUGCUAAGGCACUUACAUUGACAGAGGGUCUAAAGCUAUAUCUUGAGACGACUCUACCCUACUUGAUGCAUAGAAGUGCACUAAAAUACCUUUGCAAUCGCAUAGCAUAUUGAGAAAACAAAAUGGGUCGUGAAUGUUGUUUUUUAUGUUGACUUUAUCAUCUUCAUCUUACCUUUUCCCAAAUGGUUGGCUGAUAUAAAGGCUAUUUG